AUGCAACAGCCACCUCAGCGUAGAAUAUUUACAGAGAACGAUUUACACCUGUGGUGCACAUCGAAGGCAUACACUGGAUUGACUGCGUUUAUUGUCGAGCUCAAUGAAGCUGUGGUGGAUAAGUCCAUGGAUUUGGACAGCACUGGGAAAUCAGAACUAGAUUCAGAAUCAGAUAGCCCGAUUAACAACCUACUCUCCCUCAUCCAAACUACCGAUAGCUGGAUCGAUGACAUAACUCCAGUUGACAGCCCACAGCGAUUCGGUAAUACGGCUUUCAGGGACUGGGGAAGGAGGUUGGAAGAGAACGCAGCUCAAAUGUUAACUCCGCUACUUCCAAACAAUAACCACACAGACGCACUAAACCAGAUAACGCCCACCCUCCUAAAUGCUUUCGGGUCUUUUGUCCGAAUAGACUAUGGUACCGGCCACGAGUUAUCAUUCAUCGUCGUCCUAUACAUGCUGAGACAAAUCGGAGUGCUGAACUCGACGCACAACUAUGAGCUAAUCGCCAAAGUAUUUGUCAACUACUGGAAAACAGUAACACGUCUUCAAAUCACCUACAAACUUGAACCAGCAGGCAGCCACGGCGUGUGGGGAUUAGACGACUACUGUUUCAUGCCCUACAUCUUCGGUUCGGCGCAGAUAAGGAGCACUGACACGCCACCUUCCCGUCUCUUCCACCAGACAGACGCUUUCCCUGAUACACACACCAAUCUUUACGCCCGCGCUGUGUCCAAUAUACACCAAUUCAAGAGCGGUCCGUGGCACGAACACUCGCCGCAGCUCUACAGCAUCGCUCACACCGUCCCUAAUUGGUUUAAAGUCAACAAAGGUUUAUUUAAAAUGUUCGAUGCGGAGGUGUUGAAGAAGAGGGUCGUUGUCCAGCAUUUGCUCUUCAGCUAUCUCUUCCCUUUCGAUAGUGAUCCUGCGGCACAGCAAAUCGAUCACGGUGGGCUGCCUCUGUCGAGUGGGAGUGGUACUGGCACUAGCACUGGUAUAUCUACCGCUAGAUUGCAGCACCAGCAAAAUCACCAAACUCACAACCCUACACCCCGCUCACCUCACUCUGAUACCCUCCUCCCUCCUCUUCUGUCGAGGAGCGAGAGGAAGAAACAGAAGGAUACACUCGCUUCUUCCGGUUCUGCUGCUGCUUCUACGUCUCCAUUCGGGGUGUUAUCGAAACCAUCUUGA